UUCACUUUUUUAUAUCACUGUAGGCUCUGAAAGGAACCUUGGGCUUUCCUCUAGUUCGCUUUGAAGAUGCUGUCAUCAACAUGUACCCAUUCACCAGAGUGCACCCCUAUGAAACCCAAGAGAUCAUCAUCAACGACAUCCUCAAGCACUUCAGAGAGGAGCUGAUCAGCCAGGCAGCUCAGAUCCUAGGCUCUGUGGAUUUUCUGGGAAACCCUAUGGGCCUCCUCAACGACGUCACUGAGGGUGUGUCUGAGCUCAUCAAGUACGGCAACGUGGGUGGUCUCAUACGCAAUGUGACUCAUGGUGUGUCCAACUCUGCUGCCAAGUUUGCGGGGACUUUAUCAGAUGGGCUGGGGAAGACCAUGGACAACCGGCACCAGAGCGAGCGAGAGUACAUUAGAUACCACGGAGCCACCAGUGGAGAGCAUCUGGUAGCGGGGAUCCAUGGACUGGCUCAUGGUAUCAUUGGAGGCAUGACGAGCAUCAUUACGUCCACAGUGGAGGGUGUGAAGACAGAGGGUGGAGUCAGCGGCUUCUUCUCAGGCCUGGGUAAAGGUCUGGUUGGCACUGUAACCAAACCAGUGGCUGGAGCUCUGGACUUUGCCUCAGAGACAGCACAGACGGUCCGUGACAUGGCUAGCCUCAGUAACCACAGGUGGGUUGAGUGUCUUACUUUAUUGUCAGAACUGCUGAAAAAUGACUGUGAGGAGCACACCUUUGAAGGCUCCGUGGUCGACAGCUUUGCCUCACCUCAGCCAGAGUAUCCUCCUGAGCCCACUCACAGCUACGACGAGGACCAGAGGCCCGAGGAGGACUACGACCCCUACGGCCCCGAACCCACCGAGGUCACCAUGAUCACCGAGGACGCCUUCCCCUACGCCACCACCGCCGAGUCCCACUACGCCAAGGAGGACACGGAGACCAUGCAGGUCCCGUACGAGUUUCCUCCGGAGGGACCGGACACCGAGUCCUCGGAGGAGGAGUCAGGGGGCGAGGUCGCGCUCGGGGAGGAGGGGCCGACAGAGUGCGACUGCGAACCCGGAGAGCCCGGAUUCGCCGGCUUCGCAGGACCAAAGGGGUCCAGAGGUCCGCAGGGUAAAGAUGGUGAGCCAGGAACUCAGGGCAGAGAGGGUUAUAAAGGAACCAAAGGUGUUCGGGGAAGAGGAGGAGACACCGGACCAGUGGGCGACCCCGGAUCCGAAGGAGAUGACGGAGCUUCUGGUUUCUCUGGAGCGAUGGGAGAACCUGGACUUAUUGGAGACCUGGGAGAUCCAGGAGAGCUAGGUCUGAAGGGGGACGUCGGUAUGGAGGGACCGCGCGGAGGAGUCGGGGGUCCUGGUGAGACUGGCCCUCGUGGUGACGCCGGGCCUCCAGGACCAAAGGGAGGUAACGGUAUCAAGGGGUCUCGUGGUGACGAAGGCAACCAGGGUCCUCAAGGACGAGACGGUCUGAAGGGUCAGACCGGAGCGCCCGGGUUUCCAGGUGACGCCGGCGACAGAGGAUCCACGGUCAAUAACUCACUCGUCAUCGAGCAGAGACGAGUUUGGGAUCUGAAGUCUGCUGUUUGUGUCCUCAGGGUUAUCCCGGGACAGCCCGGAUCCAUCGGACCGAGCGGACCGAAGAAAUUCAAACUAAACGUGUGGACAUCAAAGAUGACGUCAGUGAGCACGGAUGAUGAUGAGGACGUUUCUUACCGUGGAUCCUCUGUCGCCGGCGUCACCUGGAAACCCGGGCGCUCCGGUCUGACCCUGCAGGACACAACGGCAGGUCGACGUUAG